AUGCCCCUCUGCGACAUCUCCAAGCCACACCCCUCAUUGCCCAAUUACCCUGCUCCUUCUAGUCCUCGGUACCUGUCGCCUCGUACGCCUCAGCCUAAUGGACACAUUCUAAAUAAUAAUAUGUUAGAGCUAAGAAUAAAUGAAAAGUUGCUGUGCAAACGCUUACGCAGGGCCAAAAAAGGUGCAAUCAGACCAGUUUGGCAUGUUACCAAGCUGUCCCUCGAGUCUCUGGUUAUAUUCCGGCCGCUCUACAAAGCACCAGGUAUCAUCAGGCGCAAGAGAGCAUUAUACGAAGGGAAUCGCAGGUCCAUCCAAACGACCAUCGCGAUAUAUGUCCUUACUAUAUUCCUUGUCGCCCCAUCCUCUCCCUGUCCCAUUCAAAUCACCAGGGUGAAGGCACCUUUCCCUUACGGAAAGAAUAUUGUUAGCUUCCUAGGUAGAACUUCAAAGGCGUAUGCAGAUCGACAGAGGGCUGGGCAAGAUAAAGUUGGGUGGGGAUGUUGUGCGCUGGGAGGGCUUGAAUAUCUCCCAAUGAGAUAUGAACUCGAACUCCUCUCUGCGGGCGUGAACCUGGAUAGAGGCAUAGGAGUCGAGCCUUCAGAGGGUCCAUGGGAAGGGGAUAUAUUCGAAUGGGGAGAAUUGGGGGAGAGUUUAGAGUGGAGGAUGGCGCAUUGCUCUGGGAGCAUUAUUUUGAACCUGGAACGAUUAGUCUUAAAUUCGGCUCAGUAUGUCCUCAAAAACCUUUGCAUCCAUUCAUGUCCAUUCUUCUGGCGAAGUGCUGUGCGCGGUGAUGUAUACAUGAGGAAUACAAGCUGCCACAUCGAUAUCUAUAUCCCGACAGUCUCGAAUGUGUCUCCUGUACCUGUACUAGUACUCAAGAUACCUAGCUCUGAAGAACCCGAAGAAAUAAUACAACAGAAAUGGUUAACGAAGGUCGAAACAUUGAACGAACUGAAACACUACAGAGGGUGUGGUGCUGUUCUGGUCAUCAUGCCAGUGGAGCAGUGCUUUGGAGCUGCAACCAACGAUGGACUCCGCUCAUCACCGGCCUUUGAAGCGGACAUCAUAGCGAGGAUGUUUGAGAAUGAGUCCAUUGCGCUUUGGAGAUAG